CUAGGACAUUCCGUGAAACUGCUCGCUGGGAGCCGCUGCUGCCAGGAAUAUCUAGAGGGGAUCCUCUCAGGAUAUUACUUGGUGAAGCCUUCAAAUCAGACAACGUAAAGCAAUGGACAAGCACACGGGAACAAAGUAGAUUCUGAUGAAACGAGAAACGAUUCGGGCCUAAAAAAAAAAAACUUUCUGAUCUUCCUCCUCUGGCGAUCGUUUCUGGACGUGAAUGAUGUGAGAAUGUAAGGGAUUUUACUUCGGGACUCGAAGAGGAUGGAACAGACGCCCUGCGCGCCGAGCAUCUGCGAGGCGCCAGGGCGAUCAGGGCUUUUUUGGAUGGCUGUCUCGAACAGCCAGUACACACGCACCUUUGAAAUUCAUCCAUCAAGCAAAAGUGCUUUUCGCGAUCUUUUUUGGUCGGUCUCUCGAGCGAGGUGCCUCGUUGUCAGCCGUCGAUGUGCCCCCACCUGACGAGGUGCCCCCACCAGGCGCGCCCGCACCAGACGACGAGCCCCCACCAGACGAAGACGACUGCUGCUUCUUCUGCACCCACUUCUCUCCUGGGCCAGCCUUUCUCGGGCCAGCACCGCCACCAUUGCCGCCCCCACCGCUCUUCUGGUUGCUCUGGCUGUUCUGGCCCCCACCGGACUUCUUGUUGCCGGCGGUGUAGGCAGUGCCCGUGUCGAUGCCAGGGAUGACGUCCGCGUACUCUUGGAAGGUGAGGGACGGCAGGGUGGGCUGGUUGGCGGCUUUGAGCGACUGGUUCAUCGCCUUCCUGGACAGCUCGAGCUGCUGGACGUGCGGCGCCAAGGACUCGGGGAUGGUGGCCUUGAGCUUCUGGAUCCGGUCCUCCUCGAGCGGCAGCGGCUCGCCCACCUGCACCAUCUCCCUCUCCACGGCGAGGAUCUGCACCACCGCCUUGUCGGCCGUCUCCACCCUGCCCAGGUCGAACCAGCGCCUCCACAGCCUGUGGCCCUUGUCCUCCGCCCGACGCUCUUGGAGAGACACGAGUGCCUUGUAGCCCUCGAGCCCGGUGGUUCUAAGAGGUAAAUGGCGAAGGGGAGGCCCAUUUUUCUUCCUUCGAAUCCCUAACCGAUACGGCGCGCGUGUGUGUGAAUACCCUCGUUGCAUGCACCCCCCUUUUUGCCUCCCCCUGACCAUCACCAUUGCUUAGACAGAGCCUCACAGGGACGAGACAUGUCCAGCUGCGCUGUACCUGUCUCCGCCUGCGAUUGCAGAAUGUGCAACUCUCAGCACCGAGGCAUCAGGGAAAUUCCCCCCAUGCACGAACAAUCAUUGACUCCCAUCGUAAUGCAGGAGUCCCUCGAGUCUCCCAAGGUAUCGAUCGGUUCAUUGCGACGGUAGUGG